ACAAUAAAAUGGCGGCAAAUGAAAUUGACGUAAUGGAUCAAGAAGCUGACGAUUUUUCACUUGAAAUAGAAACUGUUAAUGUUGAUGCAGAUGAAAAUAUAGAAAAGGCAGAAGAAAAAUCAACUAUCAACACCAAAACGGAAAAAUUAGUUCGGAUACCACUUACAAGAGUUAAGCAUUUAAUGAAACUUGAUCCAGACGUUACAUUAGCUAGCCAGGAAGCCGUUUUUCUUAUUGCCAGAGCAACGGAACUCUUUGUUGAUUCUUUAGCCAAGGAAGCAUUUUCAUUUACUUCUCAAGCAAAAAAGAAGACACUACAGAAGAAAGACAUAGACUCGUGUAUUGAAGUAGUUGAUGCUUUGUACUUCCUGGAAGGUAAGAAGUAGUUUAUAGUAGG